UAUUACAGAUAAAACUGAACACAAAAGUACUUCAUUUUACCUGAAUUGUCUUCGGUUACACUGUGUUCUUCAGUCGCCUGACUGGAAAUCACUGGAGACACGCCACAGUCCACGAUGUUACUUCUGCACGUAUUUGUGGGCCUGUGGCCCAAAACGGCGUCCAGUGCCUCAAACCAUGUGUUGGUUUCCCUGUCGGCGCCACUCCUGUUAUUGUGAUCUUUCAGUUUUCUGUAGUCCUGCUUCAGUUUCUUGAUCUUCAAGCGGCAUUGUUCUGUGGUUCGCGUGUGUCCCAUGUCUUCCAAGCGACUUGAAAUUAUGGCAAAUACUUUUUUAUUUCGAGUCGUGCCAUCCAAAUCCCGCUGGAUCUGUUCAUCUGACCAUAUGGCGAUUAAAGCCUGCGUUUCCUCAUUCGUCCAUCCUUCCAUAUUACUUUUGUAUAGUUUUGUUUCAACUGCUUUCUGCUACUUGUUCGUAUGUUUCUCGCUGUUUGCUGUGUUUCAAAAGAUGGCGGUUGUAUUUUGUAUUUCAGCGGCAGGCUAUUUGCAUAACCAAUCGACAGCAAAUACGUUUGUAAGUCCCACCCCAAAGUACCGAAGUACCAAAGAAGUACUGGUACUGGUACUCGACCGGAAGUAAAUGGAAAAGCGAAAGUACCGAAAGUACCGUACUUUGUGCGGUGGAAAAGCGCCCUUAGUUGCUGGAGGCUGCCGGGUGAGGAAUCUGAAAAAUGUUCAGUGGCUGGGCUGGGGGCGGGACACCUGAUUGGAUGGUGAGGCUGCAGGUGGGUGAGGGAAAAAGCAAGGAGUAGGCUAAGGUGCAUGAAAUGUGCCGGCGGCUUCUAUACGCGUCAACUACGAAAGGGCUGAUUCUGGCCGCCUGUGGUCCGACCGCUGGAAGUGUUUGCCGGUGCUUUGGUACCGAUAGUGUGCACUUUACUUCAGUUUUUCUUUAGUGCUACGUGCGCUUUUUCUUUUUUGGGUUUGUUAAUUGUUUUCGCUUUAGUUUACUCAUUCAUUCAAUUUAGUUUUCUUUUUUUUUCCCGUUUCUCCUCUUCCCAGCGACGCUGCUGUGCUUGGGGGGGGGAGGCUGUGUUUGGACGUUUUGUUGUGUUUGGUUUCAUUAUUUAAGCCGACCGGGUCCUUUCUCUUUUGCCCCGUUUCCCCUCGUUUUGUUUUGUCUUUUUUCUGUUGUCAUGGCUGUUCAGCAGCCUAGCACGUCGCGUGCGGCCGAGGCUGCAUGGGUGUUGGAGGGUGGAGAGGAGGACAUGAAUGUUACGGUUAAUAUGGAAACUGACGUGCUUGAGGAGCUGGUCGGGGUGGACGACCAGGGGCAGUCAGAGUAAUUAAGAAAAGAGGGCGGCAGGCGCGGCAGCAGCUACGCUGGGAGCUGCCCCCAAUAAGGUAAGCAGCAGUUGGAGUCGGUGGUGGUGUUUCCCCACCUAAAAGCUAUGCUGGGAGGGUGGACCAGGUUGGUCGGGCGCAGCGGUGCACAUGGGCACAGGGGUACGGGCAGGUGUAUUGCGGCAGGCUGGGGCUCAGGAGCUGUGGGGUAGCGGCUCUGGGCCGAAGAGCCCGUAUACCAAGGAGGUCCACGGUCUUGGUGGAUCUCAGUGCUUUUGAAAAUGUCCCUCUUUAGAAGUUCUCAAGGCUGUGUUGCUCCUGAUUCCUGAGCGGGCCUUGAUCGCUGCCUGCCCUGUCCCUAAUGUUUGCGUGGAGCUCACUUUUACUGAGCCCGCUUAUAUUGAACUCAUUGAAGGUGGGCUCGCUGUGCAGGGGAAAGUGUGCCCCGUACGUCACCUGUGCCAGACGUGUGCCUGGUUUCAUUCCUGCACCUGCCUGCUUAUGUGCCCGACCAGGCAAUAUUAGAUUGGCUCUCCACCUGGGUGCGGUUCCCGGCAGGCGUGGUGUCCCUGCCCUAUAGUGUAUAGUUCGACACAGCAGAGGGACCCCGUUAUAUACCCCGUCAAGUUAUGCAGAAUGUGUUUGCAGCCUGGACAUGUCCUGGCGGACUGUCCCAAGUACCUCUGCCAUGUCUGUGGCGAGUAAGCAUUGGUCCCAGCUCCCACUGGACAGCGAGACUCUCUGACAUCUGGAUGCCCUGGGCCGGGGCUCUUUUUCUACCCUGCACGUGGCAGACUCUCCAUCUCCUGGCAAUAAAAUGCAGAAAGGUAAAUACAAGACCAAGCAUUAUGUCCUGCCCCGGUCUGGGGCAACUCGUCAGGUCCCCCUGCCCAGUCUUUCCACCUCGCUCCGCCAGCAGGAAGAGAGGAGACAGUCUGUGGUGGCUUUAGCAGCCAUGCGUGCUGCGAGCCUGGGUCCGGACGACAGUGCCCAUUUUAUGUAAUGUGCUGUUUCCCUUGUCUUGAUUGUAUUUAUUGCUUAUUUAUUGUCAUUGUGUAUUGAGUGUACUUGUUUUAUUGCGUCACUGUCGUCCCUCAGUGUCCCAUCACCCUGUUUUAGUUGUAUUAAUUAUUAUUUAUUCAUGUUUUUUUUGCUCCCUUUAUUAUUACCCUUUUAUUGUUGUGUUUACCUUGAAAUCGCUCGCCCAUUGGGCAGCUUGGGGGUGGUUUGGUUCUGGUGGGGAAGUCCCGCUUUUAGGUACUGAUUGGUUUUAGCUUGCCCUGGUUUUACCUGUUUUUAGUGUGUCCUGUGCUACCUGUUCCAAUAUCAAUGACAAUGACUCUCACCUCCUUAAAUGCUCCCAGGCUAAGGUUAAUUUUAAAUGUGUGUAGGGACUCCUCUGUUAUUUGUUUGCAGGAGACUGGGUGGGGUGGGGCUUUUAUUGAUCAGGUGCAGGACGUAUGGUCGGGCGAUGUCUUCUCCACCGCCUCUGUCAGGCCAGGGACUGCCGGUUGGGGUGUCGCGCUGCUAUGUUGCAGCCCCCACAUCGAGUUUCCGUCACUGCUGUACUCGGAUGGCUGUUUCCAGGAUCACAGAAAUCCCCAUGAAUGAUCUGAAUCCACUGUGCAACAAGUUAGGAGUCGAGUGCUUUAAUGAAAAAGAGAACCAGUUCCUGAUGGAAUACUGCACUGCAAUGAAGCCCCUGACAGCUGCACUGGACAUCCUGCAAGGGGAUAACUGCUCCUAUGGUGCCCUUAUUCCAACACUGGAAGUCCUGAUGACAAAGACUCUAAGCACUAAAGAUACACUCUCCAGGAUGACAGCUGGCCUGCCGGAUGUCAUUGUAAAGGCCAUUCAGACUCGUUUUGCUGAUGUUCUUGAGAACAAGGAUGCCCUCCUGGCUGCUGUUAGCUGUCCACAGUUCAAGCUUCGCUGGGUGAGGGAUGACAGAAGACAGCGGCUGAAGGAGCUCCUCAUUGCAGAGUGUGGUACAGUUCCUCCAGUAGAUGGUAAGACUGUGACAGUACCUACUCACUGGGUUAAACCAGGUGGGGGCAUGGACUUCUACGAGUUUGGGCCAGACACUGAUGAGUCCUACACUGCAGAACAAGAAGUCAUGGACUAUUUGCGAUGUGGGGGAUAUGAGCUUCAUACUCAUAACCAAUUCCCAAACAUCAAAAAUGUUUUCUUGAAGUACAACACCCCAACACCAUCUAGUGCACCUGUAGAGCGCCUCUUUAGUUUAGGUGGGAUAGUUCUCACACCAAGGAGAAAUAGGUUGUCUGACCGGAGAUUUGAGAUGCUUCUUUUGAUGCGAUACAACCACUGUUUUUCAUCCUCCAAUCCCAUUGACCCAGAAAAUUAAGGAGAGGCAAGUUCAAAAUGCUUUACGAAGCACAAGUUAUGUUAGUUGUGUUGGAAGGUUUAUGUUGCAAAUUCUUGACAUUCUCUCUCAAACUUUCUAGUGCUGCCUUAAGAAUUUUUUUUUUGUUAUAAAAUAUGAUUUACUAUGCAGUAGCAUUGUUUACACAUUCUAACUGGAAGAAAGAAAUUCAGGACUUUUUAUUGUGACUUUCCAUUGGAUUACUUUUUAUGGAAGUAAUCAUAAAUCAGUAAUUAGAUUACUUUUGAACUGAGUAAUUAGUAAUCAGUAAUCGGAUUACUUUCCCAGAGUAACUUGCCCAUCACUGGUCAUAAUACAUCACUCUCAACAUGCUGGAAAUUGACAGACAGCCAUGUUUAUGUUACUGCCAUUUAUCAGGUAUUGUAGAAAAGGCUGUUAAAUAAGUGUUUUGUUUAAUUGUGCAGUGUUCUGAGCAGGCAUUAUUUCGGCCAUUGGAGGCGUCACGCAGGACCCCACGUUGGUUUUUUUCCUCUUCUUCGCUUUCCUUUGGGCUGGAUGCAGAGUUCAACGUAGUUAUACAAAGUUUUGUUGGGUUUAUGGUGUAGUUGUGCGUGCAUGCUGAUAAACCACAAUUGCAUAUUUCCCCAACGAGUAUCCGGACUGUUUUAUUGGUGGUGUGUUAAUGCGCUACUAUCCAACUAUAGGAUAACCUGUCAAAAGUAGGCAAACAAACCCAGUGUUCUGAUCGGACACUCUGUAAAGGUUACCACCAGGAGAGAAUCGGCGACUCCCUCUUUUUUUUUUUAGACAACACUCUUUUACAGAAACCACAGUCCUUACUCCAGGUUCCACUUCUAUCUCAGUGACCAUCAAGCCUUCUGCUCCUGGAUCGACCCCCACAGGAGUGAAUGAUAAGGAACAGAGUAUCCCUGAGACGGCAUCCCAUCCAGUCUGAGCCCCUGCCUUGUGCCCUCUGCUGCUGGGGAUAGACUGCAGGCCUGUUUGGUAGAUGGAUGGAUGGAUGGAUGGAUGGAUUUUACAAAACAGUAUAACAUGUGGGAGCAGGUUCUGGAUGCUGUACUGAAAGCUGGGACUGGUGUGUUUUAUCUGAUUUGCACCAUCAUCGCCAUUCAGCUGCACUGGAGCUCCUGUAGAAAGAUGGGACCCAAUCAGAGAGAAGCAGAGGGAGGGGCCAAUACACCCCACGGGUCUUAGGGAAUUGUGAUUAAAUAUACAAGCUCAGUAAUGCUUUUUAAAAUGAUUAAACAAUGAUUGAACAAACUUCAAGGAUGGAUUGUUUAGUGGGGACCUGUGCAGCCACUACUUUGUACUUUGCUGCCACCUGCUGGUUCAAUUCACAUAUUUGUCCUUCAUUAUGUUCAACUUUCACUUGGCUGUUUUAACGCUUAGCAACAUCUAAUAAUAGGUCAAUAAUGAAAGUAACAUUGAGCCUUAUUACAUUGCUUAUAAAUUCUGAAAUAUAUUUUAUUUUUUCUGAUUUAAUAAAUGCUGAUUUAAUAAAUGCUUUAUUUUACUGUGGUUGGUAAUUAGCAGAAAUGAAGAUUUUUUUAAAAUAAAAGAAAACUGUAUGUGGUUUUCAGGUCAUGCCUCCUCAUCAGACCCCACCAAUCAGUGACCCUCUCAGUGUGUGAUGUAACAGACGAAAAACCAGGACCACCCACUUUGCAGCAAAAACACAGCAGCUUGUCUCAGUUGCAGCAGCCGAUACAUAUCAGAUAAGCCGGAACAAAGGAUGUGUCACAAGUAAAAGGAUAUCAUACACCAAUUGGUCAAAAUUAAAUGAAAAUAUCUUUGUAUAAUAUAUUUGUUUCUGGUUUAGCUCCCAUUAAAUGACAGUAAGUCGAACUGCUGUCUGUGGUGCUGAAAACCUGGAUCCUCAAAUUUCACAUUAAAUAUCUUUAGCUGAUUUAACUGUAACCCUCUUAUUUUGUUGGCAAUUUUGCUCUGUUAAGCAUAAAGAGGCAGGGAUAGAACGGAUUACAGUGGGUUACAGGUGAAUUAAAUUAGUUAUUUUUAUUUAAGAACCAAAAAGGCUUUGGACAGUUAGAACAUCUUUGGACAGUUUAAGAUUAAGAUUAUGAUUCUCUAUAUUGAUCCUGGGGGAAAUUCU